AUGUUUCUACUGACGGUGACUGUCCCUCUAGCCGCCAUAGGGGCCUUAUCCAUUUACAGGAUUUAUCGAGCUUAUAUGGGAGGAAAUCUAACGGUCAUUGUCCUAGCUACUUUCAAGACAUACAGUGUGAUCAACAUCGCUCAUGCUUUUGCUCUAGUCAUUCAACCUCAAGUAUCUGUUCUCCCCGUUUUGGGUUGCAGCUGGACCCCUACGGAGACCAACUUUGUCCUCCAAAUUGGCAACAUCAUCGCGCUUUGCAUCUAUGAUACUGUCCUGCUUUUGUUGGCAUUGUAUAGCAUUGUUCGAGACCGUGGUUUAGCAAGCAAUUUUGAUACACUGUGGGCUAUAUUGAUGAGAGACAAUGUUCUCUAUUUUAUUAUGUGA